AUAGCGCUAGCUUAUCAGACCUCAGUGCGCUUUCAGCUCUGCUUCAGUGUGGAUGUGUUAUCUUUACAAUAAUAUUGUUAUCUUUGACUUUCCCGCGUUUUUAAGUGAACAAAGGAUUAACUUUGUAAAUUAGUAUCAUGGCUACUGGUCAUGAUGAAGAUGUCUUACUGGGGCCUUCUGAUGAUGAAACAUCAUCAGAUUCAAAAAACAUCUUUAGUGCAUUGAAAACAAUUCAAAGCACAAUGGAAUCUGUUGCCACUGGCAUAAAUAAAAUGGGUGAUGCAUUUACUGCAUUAGCAGCGGCAAACCCACAACAACAGGUCACUGACCAGUCUUCUACCUCUAAGCGCUCAUUUUCGGAAAUAGAGGAGGGGGAGACAUCGGAUGAGUAUGAUGACACAGAUGAUGUCAAAAGUCUCCUAAAUUCCGCUGCUGGUAAAAACUCGCAAUCAUCAGAAAGUAAAGAUUUAAAUGAGUCAUGUAGUGGCUCUGUGCUUGAAGAAAUGGAUGCUUUACUUGAGGAUGAUGAUGAUGUGGGGCCUGUUGUGGCUGAGAAGUUGGCAAAUAUUACAAAUAAGGCUUUUUCAAAGCAACAUGCUAUUGAAAGUGUCAAGAAAAAGAAGGAAGUUCAUAAAAGGUCUAAAAAUUGUGAUAAGGUGAUGGUUCCUAGAGUGAAUAAGGAAAUUUGGAGACAAAUGAUGAAACAAGGUUUCACUAAAAAACGUGAUUUGCGCCUAAUGAACAUUCAGAGUGCGAUCACAAAGAGUACAUGCGCCAUAUUAGGUGUCGCAGAUAGUCUCCUCAAAGUGGAUGAAGAAAAACAUGACAAAGAGAUUAGGAAUUGUCUGGAUGCUAUCUAUUUGCUUGGACAUGCAAAUACAGCUAUGUCAAUGCAAAGAAGAGAACUGCUGAGACCAGUAUUGAAGAGCGAUUAUGCUGGUCUGUGUGACAGUAGCACACCAGUGACUUCUCUUCUCUUUGGAGAUGAUCUUCCAAAGUCAUUGAAAGAAGCCAGGCAGAUGGGAAAUGUUGGUCGUGAUUAUCCGUCAAAAAACGGGAGACGAUACGGGUUUCAUCAGAAACCCAAGAACGAAUAUUUCAAAAAGAAGUUCCACAACAAGAAAUUCAAAAAAGAUUAGACACUAAAGAAA